AUGUCAACGAUGGCAGGUGAAAAGCACGAUAUGAACGCAGCAGAAAUGGGGGUCAUUCGCGCAGCUUCAGAAGACGAGCAUGCAGCUCCCCUUCCAUCAGAUCACAAUGCCAUUUCACCGGCCGCCUCCAAGGCCGUGGUGCGAAAACAGGAUCUCCGAAUCCUUCCCCUAUCGGCAUUCAUAUACUUCCUCUGCUACCUCGACCGGUCUAAUAUCGGCAACGCCAAAAUCAUGAACUCGUCCACAGGCAACGACCUCAUGACUCAGACUGGCAUGUCCAAUUACCAGUACACCAUUGGCCUGAUGAUAUUCCUGGUGGCCUACGGUGUCUUCGAGGCCCCGUCGAACAUCCUCCUCAAGAAACUCCACCCAUCCAAGUGGAUCUCAUUCCUCAUGGUGUCCUGGGGCGCGCUUACCAUCUCCCUCGGCGCGUCCAAGAACCCAGCCACCGUCAUCGCCGUGCGCUUCCUCCUGGGGAUCUUCGAGGCGGGCCUCUUCCCCGGGUUGGUGUACUAUCUCACAUUCUGGUACAAGACCGACGAGCGCAGUAUGCGUGUCGCGCUGAUUUUGGCCAGCGCGACGCUGGCAGGUGCGUUUGGCGGCGCAAUUGCUUACGGCGUCGGACAUAUGAAUCAAGUCAGCGAUGUGUCGGGCUGGCGAUGGUUGUUCUACCUCGAGGGUAUCCCGUCCGUAGUCUCGGGGUUCGCCGUCUGGUUCAUUCUCCCCGAUUACCCUGAAACUUCGGGAUGGCUAUCAGCAGAGGAGAAAGCCGUCGCUGCCGAGCGUCUCCGCGUCGAAGGCAGCAAGGGCAGUCAUAGCAGCAUCACCUGGGAGGACGCCAAAGCAACCCUGACGGACUGGCGCCUCUACGGCCAUUACCUCGUCUACUUGGCCAUCUCCUGUCCGUUUAGCUCGCUGUCUCUCUUCACGCCCUCAAUCAUCGAAGGACUAGGAUAUAAAGACCUUGACGCACAACUGAUGACCGUCCCUCCUUACGCAGUCGCCUACGUCAUCCAAAUCCUAAUCUCCUUUUCCGCCGACCACUUCAACGCCCGAGCCCUACAUUCCGCUCUAUGCUCACUCGUCGGCGGCGCCGGAUUCCUCGCCUCCGCGCUCCUCCCAGCCCACAGCUACUCGGCGCGCUACGCCUGUCUUUUCAUCGCUAACAUGGGCGCUUUCUCAUGCAUCCCGCCCCUGCUCGGCUGGCUGUCCUCGAAUAUCGCGGGCACCUCGGCCGUGGGCCUCGCCAUCGCGCUGAACAUCGGGCUAGGCGGCGCCCCCGGACAGAUCAUCGGGGUGUGGAUCUAUAAGGCCGAGGAAGCCGAACGGGGGUAUCCGACGGGACAUGGCACGAACGCGGCGUUUUGUUUCCUGGCUGCGACGGCGUGCUUGGGGCUUAGGGUUUAUUAUGGGAGGAGGAAUAGGGGGCUGGUGAAGGAGGGAGGGGGAGUAAGGUUGUUUAGAUAUUAA